UUAUUUAUUUUGUGAAAAGAAGAGACAGAAAAUACCUUAUUAUCUGCAGGGACUCGACGCUGUACCCGAAUCAAGAAAGAAAAUAACAAUAGAAACCAUUCACACACUCUGUUCAUGCACGGACACCAGAAGCCGAUUCAGAACACCAGAGGAGAAUAAGCCGGAGCGCCAGCACCACGAUGGCCCCGGGACGUUGUUUAAGAUCUGAGAUCCCUUGGUUUCUCUCAUGUUUAUCUGAGAUGCCACAUCAGGGCCCUUGCUGCUAUAUUACCUCUGCCCGGGUGUUUGAGACCGGUCACAAGUGCGUGGGUGUUUCCUGGAAAUGUAUUCCCCUGGGAUUCAGCGAUGCUCUGGGAACCGUUGGGGUUUGGGGAAGGACAAUGUGGUGUGACUAUUGGCUUGACACGUUGUGGAUGUGGUUGGAGUCAUCCACGUGGACACGAUUUUCAGCUUGGAGCUGGGAUGGAGAAGAUGGAAGCGCUGGGGGCCGGGCCUCCUUUUCCAGCAAGGCUGGCCCUGGUUUCUCCUCUGUUCCAGCUUGUCUGCCAGAGCCUUCCCCUACAAAGUGCCCACCUGCCCGGAGACAGAGGGAGCAGCUGAGGCCUCUCUCCACUGGCCGCCAGCCUCCCCAGCACAAGAGGACUAUUCAGCUAUGAGUGUUUACUCAUGUUCUUUCUUAUUGAUGAGUUCUGCAGCCCAGCCUAUAGAAAUGGCUCAGAACAUUCCAGGCCUUGGUGAGACAGAGCAGCAUCCAGCGCUCACAGGCUGUCCCCGCUCUGCCUGUUCCCAUCUUCCCCUUGGGGCCUGUUCAUAAAUUGAGGAAUGGAUAAGGGCCCUGGAGGGUCCUUGGGAGUAAUUAGUGGAGGGCAGGAUUCCCAGGUCCCCGUAGAGAGGGAAGGAGAAGCCCACAUGUGCACAGAAGCCCGUCUCUGUCACACACACACCGCAGGUGGUCACCGAUUUAUUUUCCAAAAGCUUAGAAAUAUAAAGCAAAUUUAGGCUUUUGUCCCUCUGCGAUACAUGCACUUGAAAAUAAACAGAAAAGAGAUGUUUAAUAACAAGUUUACUUCCUGUCUGCUAGCACCCUCAGCCUGGGAGGUACUGCCAGAGGCUGGCGUAGGGGAGCAGCUGCUGACCAAACCCCACAGAACGGAGGCACCGGCAUCACACGACAUCUUUCCCUUCCAUCUCGGUCAUCUAUCUGUCUGGCAAUGGAAGGAGCUCCAGCAGGAGGUCCUUCCCAGAAGGUUGAUUCUUGGCCUGGGUGGUAGAGGAGAUAUCCUGACCCUAAAGUCUUCCAGCCCCAGGUCAUCCUCUGCUAUGCUGGGGUCCAUUGACCGUAUAGGCCAGGUGCGGUGGCUCAGGCUUGUAAUCCCAACAUUUGGGGAGGCCAAGAUGGGAGGAUUGCUUGAGCCCAGGAGUUGGAGACCAGCCUGGGCAACAUGGUGAGACCAAUUGACUGUAGGGCUUGUCCCUUGCUAGAAUAGGAGCAGAAGACUGAAUAGCUGUGUCCUCAAGGCAGUCCCCUCCCACCCCCAUUCCCAAAGUCAGAAAGCGAAGCCAGAUCUCAAAGGCUGAUACCUGAGGCAAGGAGAGCUAAGGGGAGAGAAAGCGGGGUGGGGUGGGAGCAGACACCUUCACAAGCCAAGUGUGUCUUACAGAUCUGUACAAGCUGAUAGAAGGACCGCCUGCUGAAAUCCAGGGCUCCUGAGUUGAUGGGUUUGCUUGUGAAGCUUCUAGGACAAGGCGCAGCCAGAUGGAAGGGAGAGGAUCCAGGACUUCCUAAAUGCAGCCGCAUCACCUCUCAACUCGCUGCAGUUUCAGAGACAGUGGAAGCUGCUCUUUACCUCAAAAGCACAAAGCAGAAUUGGCAACUUCACAUGUCUCAAGAGCUUCAGGAUCCUUUGGUCUCGUGUCCUUUGGCACCCCACAACUGUAUGGGGGACAAAUUUGUUACAUGUUUCCAAGGCUACAGACAUGGUGCCAUCCUCACGGGCCUAGCUCAUGUGAGGUACUUUGUGGAUCAGGUACUUUGCUGGGGGGAUACAAUGACCCAGGUGGUCUGUGUCCUCUGCCAUUGGUUUGAACAGGGCACCCCCUGAAGUCUCCAUCUCGGCUGUAUAGUCUAGUCCAAAUUUGCCUGGCUUCCCCGCUCCCUCCCAGGUCCUGCACACUGUCUUUUUGCCAACACCUCAGCCCUGUGUGCUAUUUCAUGUCUGCAUGGUACGAGACACCGCUUCACGGCAUAUACUGCCACGGUAUGUACAUAUGCAUCCACGUGUAUGUGUAGCAUGUAGCUCAUUCUGCUCAGCCUCUGGUCCGUUCCACAUUGCUCCCAGCCCCACUGCUGUCACUGUCGUCCCAGAUGUCCUUGCCAUGGCCACAGACAAUCUGCCGUCUCCUGGAAACGCUGGGGCUGCCCUUCAGAGAGCUGGCAGCCACUGGCAGUCAGGGCCUGCUUUGCAGAAUAGAAUGUGAACCCAUCUCCUGAUGGCCUACUUGACUUAUUUAAUUAAAGAUGAAAACAUGCAACGAGCAAAA